AAAAGCUAUCCUUAUACUUCAUUCUCGUAGGAUGAUUAUUAAGUUCAUGGUCAAGAAAUCUAUGGUUAUGUUUACCAUUUAAAAAUAUCAGAGACGACCUUAUGACCCACCAAACAGGAAGGGAAAAAAAAGCAGGGGAACCACUUUCCCUUGGGCAGUGAAAGCUCUCCGCUUCACGGUGAGUGAGGGAAAAGAAAAGAGAAAAGAAAUCUCCUCGCCUCGUCGCUCCCCGCGAGGAAGGCAAGGGCCUUCGCCGUUCCAUCCCGCACCGGCCACUGACGUCGACGGUGAACUGGUCGCCUCGUCGUCUCUUCUUUACCCCCAGCUGCUCCGAGUCAUCGAGCUCUGCACUGUAGGGAACUAGAGAGAGACAAGGAAGAGGCGGACGUCUGGCGUGCAGUACAGCUGCGCCUGCUAGCUUGCUAGCCAGUGUAGCCCGGUUAGUCAUCAAGAGGGCUUUUUUGGCGACCGCAGUCGAUCGAAGGCGCAGGAGAGAGAUGGAUCAGCUUUGCACGAGUGGGAGCAGCGACAACGGCAAGUCUUUGGUGGCCGGCGAUGAGCCACGGGUGAGAAUCAGCGGUGAAGUGCAGGCGGAGGCGGCGGCUGCUGCUGCCUCAGGCGGUGGCUGCUUCGACUGCAACAUCUGCCUGGACUUCGCCGCGGAGCCGGUGGUCACCCUCUGCGGCCACCUCUACUGCUGGGCCUGCAUCUACGAGUGGCUGCACACCGAUGGCCACGGAGCAGACGACAGCAGCGGCGACGCGAGCUCGACGAGGCGUCCCUGCCCCAUGUGCAAGGCCGCAGUUUCGCCGGACACGCUCGUGCCGCUCUACGGCCGUGGCGGCGGAAGAUCCAGGAAGGCGCGAUCAGGCUCGGCCAUCCCGUGCCGACCGACCGUACACCGGCAGCCGCCCGUCGAGCGGCGGAGCGAUCAGAGCAUCGACUACAGCGGCGGCGACCACCGGCACGAGAGCGCGGGACCCAGCCCACCAGGUCGGCCACCGUGGCGCGCUACUCACCACGCCGCGGUCGCAAGCGCGCCGGCGCGGUUCGACGUACUCUACCCUCCACCACCUGCUGCCGUGGGCGGCUUGAGCAUGUUCCACUCGACGACGACGACCACCGGAGGGAUGCUCGGAGGGACGGCCCUGGCGGUGCUCCCGUGGGUGUCGCGCGGGCAGGCGCCGGCGGCGAGCACGUACUACACCAGCCCCUACCACAUGAGCCCCCGGCUAAGACGGCGGCACAUGGAGGUGGAGAGGUCCCUGCACCAGAUAUGGUUCUUCCUCGUCGUGUUCGCGGUGCUCUGCCUGCUCCUGUUCUGAAGCGGGACACGAGAUGCUCUGAACCUUCCAGGAGAUCCGAGUUGUACUCCCAACAUGUCAGUGUACAUAGAGGUAAAAAGGGUGUAAUGUACUAGGCAUGUAGCACAGUAGCAGUGCCAUGUCGUCCAAAGCAAACAUGUUCCACUCCCUUCUCACAAUUCCAGCCAACACCUCCAUCUCCA